AUGAGUACCAAGCCCGCCGCGGUGCCACCCAUUGUCCAGCACAUUUUAUCACAUGUACCAUCUCCCCCACCAUCACGAGCCCGCGCCAAACCACUCUUCGUAGCGAUUCAAGGCCCUCAAGGAUCCGGCAAGACAUUUCUCACAGAGCACGUCGCUUCUUCGCUCGCUCAGGAUGCUGGGCUACGCGUAGCCACGCUCUCCAUUGACGAUCUCUACUUGCCUCACGAUGGACUAGCCGCACUCGCCACUUCACAUCCGAACAACCCACUUCUGCGAGGGCGUGGACAACCUGGAACUCAUGACAUACAGCUCGGGCUACGAACUUUGACCGCGCUCGAGAACAUCAAUGACCCUGCGUCUACGUCAACGCUGAAGCUUCCCAGCUUUGACAAGAGCCAAUUCAACGGAGAGGGCGAUAGGGUUCCAGAGGCGGAUUGGAGGACGGUGGAUGGCCCGAUCGAUGUCGUCCUCUUUGAAGGAUGGUGUGUUGGGUUUUGCCCGAAGAGCGAAGACGAUAUUAGGAAACGGCUAGCGGAGAACAUCAAGGGUCUAGAGGAAGGUCCGCUAAGACUAGAUCUGGGGGAGGUUGGUGUAGGUGAGGAACAGGUUCUGGAGGUGAACGAGAUUCUGGCGAGCUAUGUCAAAUGGUGGGAAAUGUUUGAUAUCUUUGUGAAGAUCUCACCUCUCGACUCUCAUCCAUACGUCCAUAUCUACAAGUGGCGUCUACAGCAAGAACACGCCAUGAAGGCACGAAAUGGCGGGAAAGGCAUGACGGACGAGCAAGUCAAGGUCUUUAUAGAUCGUUAUAUCCCGGGUUAUCACUUCUUCGGCGAUAGCAUCACUGUUGGAGGGACGAACCCACGGUCGGCAGAGCCUGUUCGUCCGCGGUGGUUGAGGAGUAAACAGGCCGAAGGAGACGAGGAGCAGAGAGGUGGAAGACUGUUAACGGUUGUGAUCGGAGAGGAUAGAGAAGUUGUGGAGGUGAAGACCAUGUAGAGAGUACUAGAAGACGUUCGUUGUGAGUCAACACUCCCAGUUACUCGCGGCACCGUCUGUGAUCAGUGCCCUAGCCAAAUAGCCCGGCGUCACCUUCGACGGUCUCAUAAAUAUUUCCUCCAACUAUACACUACCUUCUCUGUGAUGUACAGUAUCUCCCAAUUCCAUGGUCAUGCUCGC